CUCUCCGAUGCUCAUAUUUGGGCUUCUGUGAACUCGAUGCUCCACCCCAACCCCCUUUGCUCCAGCCUUAUUUAAGGGGAGCCCCUCCAUCAGCCACUUUGUCCCAGUGGAAGCAUCAGUCUUGUGCGAUACAACCUGACCAUCCCAGAAACCAACCAUGUGUGACGACGAAGAGACCACCGCCCUUGUGUGCGACAACGGCUCUGGCUUGGUCAAGGCUGGAUUUGCCGGAGAUGACGCUCCACGUGCUGUCUUCCCUUCCAUUGUUGGAAGGCCCCGCCACCAGGGUGUGAUGGUGGGUAUGGGUCAGAAAGACAGCUACGUCGGUGAUGAGGCCCAGAGCAAAAGGGGUAUCCUGACUCUGAAGUACCCCAUUGAGCACGGCAUCAUCACCAACUGGGACGACAUGGAGAAGAUUUGGCACCACACCUUCUACAACGAGCUCCGUGUGGCCCCUGAGGAGCACCCCACCCUCCUCACUGAGGCCCCCCUCAACCCCAAGGCCAACAGGGAGAAGAUGACCCAGAUCAUGUUCGAGACCUUCAACGUCCCCGCCAUGUAUGUGGCUAUCCAGGCUGUCCUGUCCCUGUACGCUUCUGGCCGUACCACCGGUAUUGUGCUGGACUCCGGUGAUGGUGUGACCCACAACGUCCCCAUCUAUGAGGGUUACGCUCUCCCCCACGCCAUCAUGCGUCUGGAUCUGGCCGGUCGCGAUCUGACUGACUACCUGAUGAAGAUCCUGACUGAGAGAGGCUACUCUUUCGUCACAACUGCUGAGCGUGAGAUCGUGCGUGACAUCAAGGAGAAGCUGUGCUACGUGGCUCUGGACUUCGAGAAUGAGAUGGCCACCGCUGCCUCCUCCUCCUCCCUGGAGAAGAGCUACGAGCUUCCCGACGGUCAGGUCAUCACCAUUGGUAACGAGCGUUUCCGCUGCCCCGAGACCCUCUUCCAGCCAUCCUUCAUUGGUAUGGAGUCUGCUGGUAUCCAUGAGACUGCCUACAACAGCAUCAUGAAGUGCGACAUUGACAUCCGCAAGGACCUGUACGCCAACAACGUCCUCUCCGGUGGUACCACCAUGUACCCUGGUAUUGCUGACCGUAUGCAGAAGGAGAUCACCGCUCUGGCCCCCAGCACCAUGAAGAUCAAGAUCAUUGCUCCCCCUGAGCGUAAGUACUCCGUCUGGAUCGGCGGCUCCAUCCUGGCCUCCCUGUCCACCUUCCAGCAGAUGUGGAUCACCAAGCAGGAGUACGAUGAGGCAGGCCCCUCUAUUGUCCACAGGAAGUGCUUCUAAGCCAGCAAACCUCCGUUCAGUCAUACAUUUGUACUGUCUUUUAAUGUAUAUACAUGUCCUGUUGUAAUAAAAGUGGAUCAUUAAAACAUCA